CGGGCAGCGCCGCCCCCGCUCCCCGCCGGUGCCCGGUGCCGCGGCCCGGCAUGGCCCCGCCGCCGCUGCUGCCCGCCGCCUGCCUGGCCUGCACCCUCGCCAUGUUCGGGACCGGGCUGUCUGACCUGCGCCAGAUGUUGGCAACCAAGAGCGUGGAGAACAUCCAGUUCCUGCCCUUCCUCACCACCGACGUCAACAACCUGAGCUGGCUGGUCUACGGCUGCCUGAAGCAGGACCCGACGCUCAUCGCCGUCAGCGCCAUCGGGGCGGCCCUGCAGACCCUCUACAUCCUGGCCUAUCUCUACUACAGCCCCGCAAAGCGCCCCGUGCUGCUGAGGAGCCUGCUGCUCCUGGCCGUGCUGGCCGCCGGCUACGGCUACUUCACCCUCCUGAUUGCUGAUGGGCGGACACGCUUGGCGCGCCUGGGGCUCUUCUGCAGCGUCUUCACCAUCAGCAUGUACCUCUCACCGCUGGCUGACCUGGCCAAGAUUGUCCGGAGCAAGUCGACGCGCUGCCUGUCCUUCCCCCUGACCGUCACCACCUUCCUGGCCUCCACCAGCUGGACGCUCUACGGCCUGCAGCUCCGCGACCCCUACAUCACGGUCCCCAACGUGCCGGGGAUCGUCACCAGCAUCGUGCGGUUCUGGCUCUUCUGGCGGUACCCCCCAGGCCAGGACAAGUCCUACCGACCCCUGCACGCCUGAGGGGGCCCCGCCGCCCCCCCCCCGAGGAAGGAGCCCACGUGCUCACACAUCCAUGAAGGACCCCCCCCCCCGCCAAACCCCCUCCCCUUGCCAGUUUGCUCCGGCACGGACCAGCCCCGGCCGCCGAGCCACGUGUCCCCCUCGGUGCAGGGCCACCAGCUCCCGGGCAGGACCGGGGGGCCCCGGGAGGGCACCUCCUGCCUCUGCCGCCGCCGUUCGCUCGCGCCAGCGUCCCUCCAGCCCUCCGUCCCUCGGUGGCGGUUGGGUUGGUCUCGGUGAUGAGUUCGGGGCCGUGGGAGUCCCCCCCCCCGCCCCAGCCCCCGGGCACCCCCCCUGUCCCCGGGGUCCCCUGGAAGGUCUUCCAUGCCCACGGCUCUCCCUCCCCCAGCGCCGGGGGCUGCCGGGCAGCCCUGCGUCUCUUUUGUACGAAUUCAAGUGCCUUUUAAUAAAUCAGAGACUCUUCCCAGUGCCUCGUUGUC